AUGGGCCAGUCUAUCGCAUCUGGUCGGGCGUUCUCCCCGAAUGUAAUCACGAGACCCGACGACGUCAAGAUCUUUCACAGUGACUCUCCUUCCCACCUGAAAUCCAAGUCCAGCAACGGCGGAUGGUUAUUCCAUGAGCUUCUUGGUGAUUGUAUGGGCCUCAUCAACGGGGACCGUUGGGAACAAGUUCGGGCUCAGUUUAAGCACCAUUUCAUUCAUCGCUCCGUGUCAUCAAUAUCUAGCCAUAUUGAGCUCGCGGCAACUAGGUACUUGCAGAGCCUUGAGAGACAGGAUGCUGAGUCCUUCGAGGUACACGCCGCCAGUGAUUUCUCGCGCUUUCCGUUCAUGACUACCGCCGAAUAUCUCUAUGGGCCUUUGACUGAAAAUGAAAAGGAAGAGCUGUGGAAUCUGGGUCAACAAAGCCUUGCACUUAUGGGGAAUGUUCUUUCCGGUGGAGUGUAUCGCUUCGGAUUGUGUCAGUGGAUGAGGCCACACUCAUUCCGACGAUUGAGGAGUUUCCAAACCCAAUGGCAAAAUUUCAACCAGAGACUUGUAAAUUCAAGAACUCUCUCAAAUAACCACCAGCUACCUAUCGUUGAGGCUUGGAUGGCGAUGGAAAAGGGCUGUAUUUCGAUGAAUGAGAUACUUCAAACUCUUAGUGAAAUGCUUUUCGCCAACUUGGACGUGUCCACACACGUUCUUAGCUGGCUUAUCAUCUUCUUAGCUGAAGAUAUUGACAUACAGCAACAAGUUCGGGCGGAAAUUUCGGCAAAUCCCGGGUCUCUCGCAGAGCUCUGUGGUAGGAAAGAUACGCUGUUGCAAUUUUGCUUUUUGGAAUCAGCCAGGCUUCGCCCUUUUACAAUAUUCACGAUCCCCGAAAGCUCACCACGAACACAAAUCAUUGGUGGCUAUAUUAUUCCACCACACACGAGCGUUGUUGUGGAUACACUUGCAAUCAACUACAACCAGAAAUUUUGGGGAAACGAUCAUUCUCGCUUCAAUCCACAUCGGUUUCAGCAUCUGUCUUCAACGGAGCUCCGUUACAACCUCUUCACAUUUGGAUUUGGAACAAGGAAGUGCCUUGGACAACACUUUGCUGAGGCUAUGUUGAAACAUUUCGUCUACCACUUACUAAAUCGGUACGAGAUUGAGUUACCAAGGCUAGAUGCCAGGAAGACAUGGAGCUCGCAACCCAUUCAGGAUACAUGGGUUCCUAUUGCCAAUGCGCGUGUUAUCCUAAAGCCAAGAAAAUGA